AUGGCCGAGGCAGUAGCAUUUGGCGCAAGUGUGGUCGCCUUCCUGCAGCUGACGGACCGCGUGGUUGACAUUGCGAAAUAUUACAUCGAGGCAAUCAAGGACUGCCCGGCUGACAUUAGAGCAAUCCUAGUCGAGGUAUCCUUGCUGAAAGCCGUGCUGCAGUCUUUGAGCUUCAUCCUAGAGUCACGGGAGAAAGACGGCGGCGGGCCGAGCUUCCUGGGAAACCUCGCCGGCGAACAUGGCCCAGUAGAGAUGUGUCGUAAAGCUCUAGCUGCACUAGAGAAGCUGCUGCCUGCCGACUUCCACGCGGUCCAAGGAAAGCGACAAAAGAUUCGUUCCGCAGCGACGCACUUGGCCUGGCCUUUACGAGAAUCAUCUGCCAAGAAGUUGCUGGAGACAAUUUCGCGGUAUAGAGCGUCGAUAUCUUUCGCGCUGACGUACGAUGCCACUCAAGACAUCAAAGAUAUCCGGCGUGAUAUGAGGUACGUCAAAGAGACGUUGACCGCUGAUCAGAGGAACAAAAUCUGUCAUUGGCUUGAGAGCACGAACCCCUCAAGUAGCCAUAAUAGCGCCUGGGAGCUUCGCGAGGACUUCACGGGUCUAUGGAUGACAGACUCGGAAGAAUGGGCGAAAUGGUUAGCCGGGAAAGAGAAGUUUUUGUGGAUCCAUGGGAUACCAGGCGCAGGGAAAACGGUCUUGGCGUCAUACCUGGUCGAGGAGGCGAGAUCAUACUGCCGCAACUCUGCUAGGCGAAAACAAACCGUUUCUAUCGACCUGUCUACAACAAAGCCAACAGUUUCAGUCUAUUACUACUGCUAUUUCGCCCGCAACCACGAUGAGGCGGCGCCAUUCCUUCGAUGGUUGUUAGGCCAGCUAUGCCGACAUUCAAAUCUGAUCCCGACCGAAAUCGUGGCUCUGUAUGAGACGGCACAAGUGCCAAGCUUAUCUGUGCUUCUAGAGGCUGUAAGUGUGUCACUGCGGUACUUCGAAACGGUCUUUGUAUUGGUAGACGCCGUGGACGAGAGCAGCCAGCGACACAAUCUUUUGAAGAUUCUAAGGGAUCUGGUCACAGACCACAGGUUUGACACUAUCCGCCUUCUCGCGACCAGCCGUGAGUAUUACGACAUUGAAACUUGCUUUGAAGGGAUUUCGACGGCGAUUUCCAUGAACAAUCCAGUGGUCGAGACAGAUAUCGGGCGUUUCGUGCACUCUGCCCUGCUCGGCAACAAAAGAUUCAGAAGUUGGCCUGCAAGCCUAACUCAUCAGGUCGAAAGAGCUCUCACGAAGGGUGCCAAAGGAAUGUUUCGAUGGGCUGUAUGCCAGAUCGACGUGAUCCAGAGACUACGUAGCCGGGAGGAAAUCUACAAGGCUGUAUCCGACCUCCCAAAGUCACUGGAUGAAACUUACGAAAGAAUAUUUCAUCUGCUGCCGGAAGAAGAUUCGGGGUUUGUGCGCUAUGCGCUCAUCUUCAUCUGUGCCAACAACAAUUCCCGUCCAGUGCCCAUUUCAGCCACUGUCUUACUGCAUGGUCUGGCUUUUCGGCUCACCCCUAGUUUGAAACCUGAUGGAGAGGAGUAUGAUGUCGUCUAUAACAACGAUGUUCUGCGGGACAGAUGCGGCUGCCUCAUAUCCUUUUCGGGAGACGAAGAUUCUCGCCAGGUAUCGCUUGCACACUACACCGUCAAGGAAUUCUUGUAUUCAGACAGAAUUUCGCGAAGUCAGGUUUCCGGCUUUGCACUGUCGGACAAGCUAGUAACUGCCCACAUUGUAACGACGAUCAUUCAUGUGAUCGCCGAGAACUGGAAUCCGAACUCUUCUGGUGAACGACAUACGCUCUACCAUUAUUGCCUGCUAAUGAGCAUGGUCGGACCUUCAGGCGGCUCCUGGAAGUGGGAUGACGAGCUCGAGCAUCAACAUCCCAAUCGGGCCGUAGCGAAAUUCCGAGCUAUCAGAGAAUCGAGCGAGUACCUCCUCCUUGCGAAUCAUGUCUUAGUACGGGAAAGGUCAGUGGUUGCGUGA